AUGUCCACCCAGUAUGCCAGCGAGCCGAACCCCACAGCGUCGGCGACGCUGCACACCACCGUCGGCCCCAUCCAUAUCGCCCUGUUCGCGAACCAAGCCCCUCUCACCUGCAAGAACUUCCUCCAACACUGCAAGGACAACUACUAUGCUGGAACUAUCUUUCACCGCAUUGCUCCGGACUUUGUGAUCCAGGGCGGUGAUCCUACCGGAACUGGAUCCGGUGGGACUUCCAUCUACGAAUAUCCCGAGUUCGAAUACGACCCCGAAGCACGCGAUCCGAACGAGCGCGUCGUUCUGCGAGAUGAGAUACACAGUCGCCUGCGAUUCAACCGGCGUGGGCAACUAGGCAUGGCGAAGAGCGAGGAUGGGUCGUAUGGGAGUCAAUUCUUCAUCACGCUCAACAACACCGAGCGCGAGUUGAACGGGCAGUGCACGCUUUUCGGGCGAUUGGAAGGGGACAGCAUUUUUAAUGUGCUGAAGAUUGCGGAUGCAGAGCGUGUGGAGGGCACGGAGCGGCCUGUGUAUCCGGUGAAAGUGACAUCCUGCGAAGUUGGAGAGUUGGGGCCAUUGGCUGGCAAAUUGAAGGACCGGAAGACCGUCUCGACAACAACUGGAACCGAGAAGGAAGCGCCAAAGAAAAAGAAGAAGACUGGCAAGGGAGGGAAAGUUUUGCUGAGCUUUGGCGACGAUGAAGGCGACGAGGGCAUGCCCAUGCGACCAGCAAAGCCCAAGUUCAAUACCAAGCUUGUCGCGGAUGUGCCUUAUGUGGACGAUGCACCAACCGAGACAAAAGCGCGAGUCACAGAGUCUGCACCGCGUAAACGGCCACGGUCCCCGGUUUCAAAACGCUCCCCGUCCCUAGAGCGCAGACAGCGCCCCAAGACACCGGACCCACAGACUCAACUACCCCUGCAAGAUCCCGAAUCACCUACUCGCUCUCCGAGUCCGGUCUCUUCGCCAGCCAAAGAGUCCAAAUUGUCGCGGACCAACGCCCAGAUCGCCUCUCUGAAGGCAUCCAUGCGACGUAAUGUCGACGUCGGCCCAGCCGACGCGGGCCGCAAGAAGUCCGCCCUAGAAGCUAUGAUUCCAGAGACUGCGACACGGGGCCGCAAACGCCCAGCGCCGGGGUCUAGCAAUGGUGCAGGCGCUGGGUCGGGAUUCCGAAGCUCGGCGGAAAAGGACGCACUUAGUAUGUUCAAUGCAUUCAAAGCCAAACUAGAGGGAGCCGACCCCAAAACCUCGGCACCGUCACACUCACACCACGACCGACACACCGAAAAGGAUAAGGGCAAGGCUCAAGAUCAACAUGUCGAGGAUGAAGAUGAAGAAGCGCAGCUUUGUGAUCUCCAUUUCAUUGCCAACUGCCAGUCUUGCCAGUCCUGGGAUGAUCCAGAUGCCGGUGCAAACGACGACGGUGAGCGCGAGGAUGAGGACUGGUUAAACCACACGCUGCGCUUCGGCAAGGAUACUCUGGGCAAGGAUCUCAAGUGGAAGAAGGAUCAUCCCGACGAUGCUGAUUCCUUGAUGGUGAUUGAUCCUCGUGAGAAGGAGAGGGAGAUAGGGGGCCCGAGUGGACGGAAGAGAGGGUUCCAAAGGGAUCGGGAGAGAGAACGCAAGCGCGAGCGAGCAGGGGAGUUGGAGUGGGACCGAGAAAGGAAAGGGUAG